AUGGCUCAAAUGUCAAAAGCAAUGCCGACGGUAUCCGAUGCAUCACCGUCGGUGCCGGAAGAUAUGGUGGCCGAGAUCCUGAGCCGGUUGCCGGUGGAAUCAUUACUGAGAUUCAAGUGCGUCUGCAAGGAGUGGUAUCAGCUCAUCCAACAAGAUGACUUCAUCGAAAAGCAUCACCGCCACGGCGCCAUGAGUUUCUACUAUCAUAAAGAAUACAUAAAUCAACCCUUUUACUGGCCAGAUUGGCGGAUUCCUCCGAUCCAUAAGGAUGCGGAGUUCACGUGUAUUGAUAUACAGAAAGGGUUAGUAUUAGAGCAAGAGCGCCGUGAAGUUCCCACGGAAAGGCUUCGCAUAAGGAAUCCGGCAACGAGGCAAACGGUAUACCUGCCGGAUCUCCGGGUCGGCAACGAACAGCGGACUUGGGUGGUGGCCAGAAUGUUCUUCGUCGCAAAAAGCAGUAAGGAAUGUAAGGUGAUAAGUUUCUCGGAUUUGGAAGAAUCAGUUUUGUUCGGACGAUUUAGAGUACUAACAGUGGGCGUUGAUGCAGCGUGGAGACCUCUCAAGAAUUCCCCACCAAACUCCAUACACUGCAUUAGCAAAGCCGGCGGCCUUGGCCGGCACCCGAAGAUAUACGCUCUGAGUAUUGAAAAUAUUUUUUAUGUAGUCGCAAUGGACGGCAAAGACAGGAACAUUCUGUGGGUGAACUCAGAAGACGAGAGCAUUAAAACUGCUGAAAUCCCAGAAAAUCUCUUCUCAGAUUGGAAAUUUGUGAUGCCAAGAGAAUGGAAUUCAAAGCUGUCUCUUUUCUACAAUGGGGGAAUCCGAGAUCUAGAUCAAAUCAACAUUUGUGUUUUCGUGAAUAACAACAAGAAUGAGUGGACUAAAACCCAGACCGUCGAUCUUAAAUCAUUCAUCCGUGAUUAUCCAAUCCCGUUCUUCACAGAGGAGAAGAAAAUAUGGGUGAGAGGGAUUAACGGGAAACGGUGGGAGGUAAUUUGGAUUCCAGAUGUAAGCUUAUAUGGUGUUGUUCCAUGGCGUAUGAAGGAUGAACUAAGCAUUAAACCCACAGUUUUGCAGCUAAAAGGAAUGGAAUCAGACAAGUUUGAUGAAGCAAUCGGCGCACGUUUUUGGAAGGAAAGAGAUAUGCCGACCACCACCUCCCAAAUUAUUUCUGCAAUUUCAAUCCAAAUUAAAUCUCUGAUGUGA